AGCUGCUGCCAGAGGCCAGAGCCCCCACCCUCUCCCUCCCCCGACGAUAGAAGGCGGCCGGCUAGCUAGCAGCAAUGGGUAAGGCGGUGCUGAGCAAGAGCUGGCAGGAGUCGAAGCUGCUGUGGCACAUCGCCUUCCCGGCCAUCCUGACGGCCGUGUUCCAGUUCUCCAUCGGCUUCGUCACCGUGGGCUUCGUGGGGCACAUCGGCUCCGUCGAGCUCGCCGCCGUCACCGUCGUCGAGAACGUCAUCGAGGGCUUCGCCUACGGCGUCCUGCUCGGCAUGGGCAGCGCGCUGGAGACGCUGUGCGGGCAGGCGGUGGGCGCCGGUCAGGUGGACAUGCUGGGCGUCUACAUCCAGCGCUCCUGGAUCAUCUGCGGCGCCACCGCGCUGGUCCUCACCCCGGCGUACCUCUUCACGGGCCCCAUCCUCCGCGCGCUCCGCCAGCCCGCCGACAUCGCCGCCGUCGCCGGCACCUACUGCCGCUGGGUGGUCCCGCAGCUCUUCGCCUACGCCGCCAACUUCCCGCUGCAGAAGUUCUUCCAGUCGCAGAGCCGGGUGUGGGUCGUCACGCUCAUCUCCGGCGCCGGGCUCGCCGUCCACGUCGCGCUCAACUACAUCUUCGUCACGCGCCUGGGCCACGGCCUCCUCGGCGCCGCCAUCGUCGGGAACAUCACCUGGUGGCUCAUCAUCGUCGCGCAGAUGGGGUACCUCGUCUCCGGCUGCUUCCCGGAGGCGUGGACGGGCUUCUCCAUGCUCGCGUUCAAGAACCUCGCCGCCUUCGUCAAGCUGUCGCUCGCGUCCGCCGUCAUGCUAUGCUUAGAGCUCUGGUACUACACUGCGGUGCUCAUCCUUGUAGGUUUCCUGAAGAACGCACGACUUCAGAUUGACGUCAUGUCCAUUUGCAUCAAUUACCAGCUCUGGACCCUGAUGGUUGCACUGGGAUUCAACGCAGCAGUCAGCGUGAGGGUGUCGAACGAGCUGGGCGCGAACCGGCCCAAGGCGGCCAAGUUCUCGGUGGUCAUGGCGGUGCUGACGUCGGGCUCCAUCGGCGCCGUCUUCUUCGCCGUGUUCAUGGCCUGGAGGACCGGGCUGCCGCGCUUCUUCAGCGAGGACGAGGACGUGCUGAGGGAGGCCGCCAGGCUGGGCUACCUCCUCGCCGGCUCCAUCUUCCUCAACAGCAUCCAGCCCGUGCUCUCGGGCGUGGCGAUCGGGGCAGGGUGGCAGGCGCUCGUGGCGUUUGUCAACAUCGGCAGCUACUACAUCGUCGGCAUCCCGCUGGCAGCCCUCUUUGGGUUCAAGCUCAAGAUGGAUGCAAUGGGGAUUUGGGUGGGCAUGACACUGGGCACUCUGCUCCAGACGGCCAUACUCCUCUUCAUUUCCUACAGAACCAAAUGGGAUAAACAGGCAAUGCGGGCCGAGGAGAGGGUAAGGGAGUGGGGAGGAAGGAGCGACGCCCUGCCGUCGGCGACGCAGGUUGCGCCGGCGAUCGAAGACGCGGAUCGGUUGUCAAAUGGUUCUGGAGACUUGCAGCUGCAACCGCAACACAGAACAGGGUAGAUUUUUUUUAGGAUUAAUAUGUACAGAUUGAUUGAGUGGAGCUUAAUAGUGCCGGAACCCCCUUUAAGUUCCCUUUCCAAUCUUGAACGACUUUUGCCCAUUUUUUGUCAGAAGAUCACAUGCUGUACUUAGAUUCAUUUUCAGUUUUUAGAUAUUUAGAAAGAAAUUCUUAUUUAAAUUUCCCAUUUUCUUCUUGUAUCUAGAAAUGCUAGCUUGCCGAAAAUAAAGGAAAGGUGAGUGCACAUAUCCA